AUGGAAGCGCAACUCAAAGCCUUUGAAUUAUCAAGCCCUCUUCAGGAUGACCAUGUGGAAAAUGUGAAGAAAUCAAAGAUUCUGAAAGAUAUAGCAUUUGUGGAUGUAAGAUUGAACAAAACGUCAGUUCUAUGUCAAAUGUUAUGUGACUUAGGAGCGAAUGUUAACUUACGAUUUUCGAGAAACAUUACUCAUUUAAUAUUCUGGAACGGUCGACAGGAAACGCUAGAUAAAGCGCAUCAUUUGGGAACCAAAAUUUCUAUAAUUUCUCCUCAUUGGGUAUUUAAAUGUUUCAUGAAUCUGAUCCGAGCUGAUGAAAGUCCCUUUUUACUAUAUGGUAUAAAGGAUCUUGCUGUUCCCAUGCGACUAAUGGCUAUGGGACGAAUGGGGACAGUUAACAUGAGUUGUCAUGACAGAGCCUUAAAUUCAAGUGGCAGUUCACCGAACCAGUCACAGAUAGUGCACGCAAUUGAAACACUCUCCGACCAGCUUGCUUCCAAACUUACAUCCCCAGCAAAUAAUGAAAAUAUUGAUGUUGUGGAAAUAAUUUCACCAAUUGUAGAUCGUGUACGAAAAAGACUGAAUGAACUAAACAUUUUAAAUUGUUAUUCGCCAAUGGAGACACCAUUUAGAGGCUGUACAUCUAAUGCAGUUGAUAAAAAAAAUGUCUCUUUGUCAUUGAAACAUUCUGAGAAUAGUGUACCCACUGAAGUAUACAAUAUAGAUAUAAUGAAGCAAGGGAAGGCUAAAGAUCACUAUCGAGUCAGUAAAAAACAAAGAAGGCAUACGAUAUCGCGAGUAUCGAUGUUUCGUGGAGAAUCUGAGCAACAGUUUACAACUCCCACUACAGAAAGCUCAAAUUCUGUUAAAUCUGUAAAUUUGGUGGAAAUUACACAAAGUGAGCCAGUUAAAAAGCGCGGUCGGCCAACAAUUGAUUCUGAACAGUUAGCAGAGUAUACACCAACUCGUUUUCACAAAUAUUUGCAAAGACGAUUUCGUUCCGUAAGAGCAGAACACGCUGCACAACUAAAUACACAAAAAAUGGUGUGCAUGUAUAGAAAAAUGAUGGACCAGAACAUUUCUAAAAUUCGUUCAGAUAACCGAAAGCUUUCGAUAAGACAGAAUUCGAAAAUGCGACCGGUAGUAAUACGAACUCGUUCAUCAGUCUUAAAUGAAUUGCAAAAUGUUCCCAGUUCGAAUGAAUUUGUGAAAAAAAAGAAGAUUGCAAGGAAAAAAGUGAAAAGUGGUAAUAUUAUACUUUCGGGAAUUAGUAAGAUUGAGAGAGAGACAGUUUUUGCAAUAACUAAGAAAUUGGGUGUGCUAAAAAUUGCAAGCACUGUUGACGAACGUACUCGUUAUGUGGUGAGUGAUGAAGAGGGAGUGCGCACAGUUAAUGUCAUGCGAGCUCUAGUCAAGGGCAUACCAAUUGUCACAAUUGAAUGGGCCUACCGCUCGUUGGAAAUUGGUGGCUGGCUAAAAGGAAGUGAUUUCUUUGUUCCACGAUGGAAAAUCGCUCAUAGGGCGUGGCUCGAUGGUCACAUGCUUCGUUUAUUCUCUACAUUAGGACCGUUUUAUGUUUCUUCUAAAUGCGAACCUGAAGCGAAGCAUCUUUUAUAUCUUAUCAGAUGUUGUCAUGGAAAAGUAACAGAAUCAUUGAGUCGAGCUGUUAUAUUUGUCGCACCUCAAUCAGAAUGGGAAACACUCAUGCAGCUCAGGAAGGACACUGAUACGCAGCCAACAUACAUUACAGAGAAAUCGUUAUUAGGUACUGUCAUCAACUUGCUGACAUUUUCUGAAAUAUAUGAAGGUCGCAUUUCCGAAAAAGGUCUCUCAUUAAUG